AUGGAAUCAGCUUUAAAAACCCGUACACGGUUAUACACUCCACAAGACUACAUUGAUGUGAUGACCAGUUGUCGUAAGAGAAACAAGUUGACAGCUACUAAAAUGGAAUGUUUAGACUUUGUCGGGGUUUAUAAAAUGAUGAAGACUAUAGUUAAAAGAAAAAAAGAUAUAGAAGGAAAUGCUAUAAGCUGGUUGAAAACUAAAGAAAUAAACAUUUUUAAGAAUAGACCUGAUCGGAUAUUUCUUUCAACCUGUCGUGGUGGUCAAACCCAUGAAGUAGAUCUCAAUAAAAGACCAAAAAGAGGGUCAAUAAAUAACCCAUUGACGUUAUCAAGACAUUAUGAGCAACUUUGGCCACAAGGAAAACCUAUUUCUCAACCAAAGCUAGAUGAUAUAAAAUCCCUCCUUCAUCUCAUCCCAUCUGAUGCGACAAAAUAUUACGAAAAUUUAACUGGAGCUCGUGAUUUAAAAGAUGAUGUUGAAGGUUUCGAUGGAUCUAUUGAUUUCGAAGUAGAAGAUAAAGAAUAA